AUAAUUGCUCCGAAAAAAUAUCAACCUCAAGUCUUCGCAAAAUGGCGGACUGUAAGCGCUGUGGUUCAAACAAACGCAUGAUUUUAUGGCACGUUUAGUACUUAAAAAUGGCCGAAGGUAGAGCGCCUUCUUUAGGAAUAUAUUCUGCUUCUAAUGGGAACACAAAAACAAGCCGUAGUCGGCAUUCAGAGGAACGCGAGGAGUUUAUACAACAACUUCGUCGGUUUAGUAGCGUAUCGCAAGAAGAUUUCGACAAAAUGAGACUUGCUGAAAAAGAGGACGACUUUUUUGAGCUUCGCAAAGCGACUGAUAUCACAGAUCCAGAUACAAAGGGGGACCCAUGUCCACCUCUUCCAAUCAAACUGAUUCAUGGAUCGUUUAGGCAUAUACUGGGGGUGCGUGAAGCCUGCUCGAAACAAGGUACUUUUCUACAAAGAACGAUUGAACUCAAACGAAAACCUGGAGAAUCCCUGGGUUUUUAUAUUCGCCAAGGAGAUGGCUGGGARAGAGACGAUGGGAUCUUUGUGUCACGAGUAGUAUUAGGCACGGACGUUGAUGUUUUUGAAUUGCUACGCGUCGGAGAUGAAAUUGUUCGAGUCAAUAAAGUCGAUGUAAGAUCGAUGAGCAUUGAGGAUGUCAGCGCGUUAAUGCAAAUGCCUAGAAGACUUAUACUAGCUGUAAAAGUCCUAACUCCAAUUUCAUCACGUAAACUUGCGCUUAAAGAUGGSUCAGUCUCAAGUCUUAGAUCUUCUAUUAAGAGUUCGCGCUCAGAGUCUCUUACUGGGUCAACUUCCUCCCUAGAAAGAGGAAGGACUCCUCGACGCACGAGCGGCGGACGAUUAGGUCCCGAACCAAUGAAUCACUACAAGGUUGCGAAUCUAGUUAUCGGAAGAAACAAAGAUGCGAUCCACUCCGGUGGAAUCCAAGGCAGUGGACAAUCUUCGUCWCAAGGGAACUCAGCAAAGGGGCCUUCUCGCAGGAGUUCCAAAUCUCCAGUUAUAGGAAAGAGAGCCUUGUCUCCGAUAAGGGAAUCGUCGACGGACUUAAAUUCUGAUUUUGAUGACCCAGCACAUAGAUCUAGUAGAGCAGCUAGCGUUGUUAGUUGGUCGGACCAGUUUUACGGUUCUGGGGGGUCAACAAGUCCUGUGAAACAUAGGCCCAACGAUAGAAGAAGRUCYGAGGCUUCUAGUUCAAGACCUCGGUGAAAGGUUGUGUAUAUACACACUAUUGCAAUUCUACCGAUUUUAAAUUACAGCUCGGCGUUUGAAAAUUGGAAAAAUUGUUUAUAAAGGUUAAUGCGAGUGAUCAAGGAUCAAGAAAUUCGACGCCACAAUGCUGGAAACUUAGUGCAGAAAUGGAGUUUUGGAGGGUAUUUUGGAGAAAAUUCCCGUACCUUGGAAUGGGGAAUUUCCGUCUCUGUUUAUACAACGUCAUAUGGUUUAUGGACUUACUGUACGUUUUCAUUAAUACAAAAUUCCGUGAAUUUAUGAACGAAUGCACGCUCAAAGUACUGACAUAAACUGUUCGUACAGAUGAAUAUAGUUGCACYGAUUGAGAAGCGUACAAGGAACGAACAAUUUGAAUUAAACAAUUUGACUACAGCUCGAUAAAGCACUCAAAUAUAAAAAUAAAUGAGCCCGUCGUCAAGCGUUAAAUYUAGCCCUUUCUACGUAGUUUCUUAUUAUAUAGAGAAAAAAAACCUUGGAGAUGUCAAUGGUGUCCACAAUUUUGCUGGCAAUCUGAAUUUUGAGAUGCUUUGUAUGACUUUAGAACGAAUAACUCAUUGGAUUGUGCGAAUUACAGUAUGAAAUGUGCAAAGUUAAAUUUUGGUGUAAAAAAAAUGAAAAAAAAAAUUUGGAUCUAGUAAAAAAUAUUCUUUGGACAGUAAA